UUAACCCUUUAUCAAUUGCUGCUGCAACCUGUAGUGUUGGCUCUGUGGUUUGUUGUUGGUUUCGCUGCACAAAGAUGUUUGGUGGUUCUUGCGUGUUUGCUCCUACUCCAUUUCUCCCUCUCAUUUCUCUUCUUAUCUUGCUAUCCAAUGCCCGUAUAGUUGCAGCCCAGACGCUCUCGAACGUCGAAGCCAUUUUCAUAAUCACGGCUAUAUUUCUAAUCUUUAUGAUAUGUAACUUUGUUUUGCUAGUGGCCCUGUUUGCCUGGUGUAGGCAGGAAAGGAAGAAAAGAAGGCGAGAAUGGGCCAGAUCUAGAAUAAGACAGCGGUCUCAGGAAUGUUUAGAUGAGCCAAGGCUAAAGAAAGUUAGCGUGAUACCAGAGGAAGUAGAAGAAGACAAUUUAGAUGAAGUUAAAGUAUCAGUCGAAACUUCAUUUCAAGAAGUAGAAGAGAAAAGAAGAAUUAGCAAUGAAUAUGUCACAGUAGAUACGGUAUCAAGUUCCCCUUCUCUUGAAAUGUCUCCUGAAAGAGGUUCUGCCAUAGGGGAGGAGUUACAUUAUGAAUCAUCAAAGUCAUUUGAAAGCAGGAGGAAAGAAUCACAAGGGAAGAGAUCUGAGCAAAGAAGAGAAUCAGAGAAAUUGCUGUUGGAAGGAGAUCCUGAAGACUCCUUUAAGCCAAUGUCACUCUUGCCGUCAUUUGAUGCUGUAGACGCACCAAAAGAGGAUCAUGAACACGAUGAGAUCUCGGAUGACAUCCCUUCCUUUAACAAGAAGCGUGCUCCAGUUGCAAGACAACAGAGCAGUGACUAUAGAAGAGAUGCUCAUGCUUCAUUAGUUGAAAAUGAAAUUAUUGUUGAAGCAUUAUCACCAACACCCACUUUGGAGCUCGAGACACCUCAAGGUAAUGUACCUAAUGGCUCCCAGACUGAUACUACACAAAUAUUGGCUGAGACCAGUUUCAGUGCAACUGAACCUGCUCAACACCUUUCCAUCGACCAUUCUCAUUCUGAAGGAACGGCUGACUUUAACACCAGCAGUGCUACCAGUAUCGGCCGGAGCAGUGUCUCUAAGAUACUCUCGGGUGUAGAAUCCGACGUCAAUGGGCUCCAUCAGAAUAAAGAAGGAGGAGGGCAACAGAAUAAAGAGAGAGGAGGGAAAUUGGCCCAAGAGGGUCUCUUUGAGCUACUGGAUGGCUCUUAUGGUAAAAAGGAAAGCCUUAAUUAUUCCUUGACUGGAAGCAUGGAUGACACAGCUAUAACUCCAAACUCGUCUUUUGCUUCUGCCAGUUACAGUGGAGUGUCACCUGGUGCUGCUUUCAACAGUAGCCUUAUUGAAGCGAAUCACGGCCGUGCUCAAAGUUUUGACAGGACGACGACUACAAGCAAGUACUCACCCUCGACUUUUUACACACCUCAACAUGCUAUACCCCGCCCACGUGGUAGCGACCCCACUAAAUAUAGUAGCAUCAGUUUGACAAGCUCUCCCGCUCACACCAAAAGGAAAGAUACAAAAUGACUUGUAGACUUUUAAAAAAGAUAAGCGUGGACGACUUCCAUUUUAUCAUUGUCUGUACUUUAUUGUUCAAUCACUUUCAUAAUGUGUCUUGUGAUUAAAAUGUUAAUGAUAAGUUUUAAUAUAA